AUGGAUCCCGAGAUGCCACUUCACAGUUGCAAGUUCCUCGCCGACGCAAAGCACGCCCAAUGGCUCUGUUCAAGCUGCUCGGAAAACAUCAACCUCAACUUCGACACCACUCUUCGUAGAGUAAUGCGUCGCGAAGGCUGGACUGCAUGCGAAAUCCAGGCCGUCGAGCCAGUGCGGCGUUUCGCAAAGCGAACCAUGGCCGAGUUGGCACCCGAUCCAACCAUGUCGACGAACCCCCAGCGUCGCGCUUUCCAAUUCAAUUGUAUAUAUGAGCUACAGGCUCGGAUCGAUGCCACCCGAGGGCUUCAUCACGCCAGGGCUGCAGAGAAAGAGGACAGCAUGGAGGAGAGGGAGAGAGGUGCUAGGGAAGGUCUGUCCGACUCGGCGGCACCAUCUUUGGCACCAACGGAUCUCACGGCCAAAGCCACCUCUUCCUCUCCACCCGACUCCCACUCCGGACCGUGUCUCCGCAAACAUGAGAACGAUCCAGAUAUUCAACAAUGGGCCUGUCCCCACUGCCUCUCAGCUCUUGAUGAUGAUUUCGACGGGAUCUUGUUCGAGGGUAUGCUGAGAGAAGGCUGGAAUCACGACGAAAUCAAUGCCCUCGGCCCUCUAAGACGCUUCUCUGAGAGGUCCUGGGAUCAGCUGAAGCCUGACCUGACGUUGGCGGACGAGCUUCAAUCACGACAGUGGAGCCAAGGCCUUCUUUGGGAGCUACAGGCUAGGAUAGAUGGCGUUAGGGCGAUCAAGGAGGCGAGGGAUGAUGAGAAAGAUGAGAAAGAUGAGAAAAGAGAGAAGUCGUCGUUGGAAACCAAGGGGAAGCUGUAG